CUACUAUAUCGGUAUAGAUAAACCCUAAACAAAACAAAAGAAAAAAGCCGCUCCUUUUGUAUAGCAGAAUUUGCUACUACUCACAUAUAUCAUUUACUCUAAAUAGCUUCAAAUCAGAGUUUUUGAAAGAUAAAAGAAAUGGCUUUCAUUCUUGAAGUGCCGCUGAAUCUAGUUGGACGACAACAGAAACUUGUCUCGUUUUCAACAAGUAGAAGUUCAUCAAACUUUGUUACUUUUAGUAGACGAAACCAGAGGUGCCUAUUCUCAAUAUCAGCGACACUAAACACGCCGGUUCAGAGCUUUGAUGAAAAGCACUUGGCUCGUGUGAAUGAUGUUGCUAUUCCGAUCAUGGUCAAUAGUUGUAUGGGGAAAAUGGGUCAGGCGAUUAUUGAAGCUGGAAUAUCUGCAGGACUUCAUAUUGUUCCGACAUCAUUUGGAAUAGAACGAGAUGCUGGAAAAACAGUUCAAGUGGGAGGGAAAGAUAUUCAAGUACACGGGCCUUCUGAUAGAGAGUCCACUCUAGCAUCUGUUCUCAAAGAAUACCCAAAUCUGAUUGUUGUUGACUUCACAGUACCUAAUGCCGUGAAUGAAAAUGCUGAAUUAUAUUGCAAAACUGGAGUGCCUUUUGUGAUGGGAACCACUGGUGGAGAUAGGGAUCUAUUGUACAAAACUGUUCAAGAUUCAAACCUUUAUGCUCUCAUCUCUCCUCAAAUGGGCAAACAGGUUGUGGCAUUCCUUGCAGCCAUGGAAAUUAUGUCCAAGCAAUUUCCUGGAGCAUUUACCGGGUAUAAGCUAGAGGUACUGGAAUCUCAUCAGCAUACCAAGUUGGACACAUCUGGAACAGCAAAAGCCGUCAUCUCCUGUUUUCAGAAACUGGGAGUUUCGUUUGAUGUAGAUCAGGUACAAUUGAUACGAGAUCCAAAGCAACAGGUUGAAAUGGUUGGUGUUCCUGAAGAGUAUCUUGAUGGACACGCGUUCCAUAUGUACCAUCUCACAUCUCCUGACGGAACAGUUUCUUUUGAGUUCCAACACAAUGUUUGUGGGAGAUCAAUUUAUGCAGAAGGUGCCAUUGAUGCUGCACUUUUUCUUGCUAAGAAGAUUCAAUCAAAAGCUGAUAAGAAGAUAUAUGACAUGAUUGAUGUCUUACGUGAGGGUAGCAUGCGUUAAUAGACGGCCGUAUUAAUAAUCAGCUUAGAGGUUUAUUCAUUAUGUAGAAUCUUCUGGUAGCUCUUUUCAAAAGAUUUGGUUGUGGGUAAAAGUCGGUCAUCUCGUUCUGUUUUAGUAGUUAGUGUAUGAGGGUUAUUUUGUAACAAAUCUAACAAAACUUUUGUUAGUUUCAUCCUAAAAUGUGAGCCCGGUGAUCAAAUUAGGAUAUGCAUCUUCUUCGGUUGUAUACAGGAAGAAGAGACGGUAUUGUAUUCAAAAUUUAGUUAAUUGAUAAUUACUUAUUUAGUGGUUGUGAUGGAAA